GCACUGCGCUCGGCGCCGGGGUCUCCAGCUUCUGCCCUGGCGCGGAGGCGUGGGACUCGCGCGUGCGCAGCGUGGAAGGGGAGCGGGCCGGGACCCCGGGCUGGCUAGCGCGCUGACCCCGCACAGGACGAUCCACAGGCAGGCGGGAAUGAGCUUCCCUGCUCUGCGGCCCCACUGAGGAGGAGGCCCAGGGAAAGGAGGCGUGCAGGCCGCCCGCGCUGCCCGAAGCCAUGGCGUUCCUGGCUGGGCCGCGUCUGCUGGACUGGGGAAGCUCGCCGCCGCACCUGCAGUUCAAUAAGUUCGUGCUGACCGGCUACCGGCCAGCCAGCAGUGGCUCGGGAUGCCUGCGUAGCCUCUUCUACCUGCACAAUGAGCUGGGCAACAUCUACACCCACGGGCUGGCCCUGCUAGGCUUCCUGGUGCUGGUGCCGAUAACCAUGCCCUGGGGUCAGCUGGGCAAAGAUGGCUGGCUGGGGGGCACUCACUGUGUGGCCUGCCUGGCCCCCCCUGCUGCCUCUGUGCUGUAUCACCUCUUCAUGUGCCACCAAGGGGGCAGCUCCGUGUACACCCGACUUCUCGCCCUGGAUAUGUGUGGGGUCUGCCUCGUCAACACCCUCGGGGCCCUGCCAAUCAUCCACUGUACCCUGGCCUGCAGGCCCUGGCUGCGCCCAGCUGCCCUGGUGGGCUACACUGUACUGUCAGGUGUGGCUGGCUGGCGAGCCCUCACUGCCCCCUCCACUACUGCCCGGCUCCGAGCCUUUGGUUGGCAAGCUGGGGCUCGUUUAUUGGUGUUUGGGGCCCGCGGAGUAGGGCUAGGCUCAGGGGCUCCAGGCUCCCUGCCCUGUUACCUGCGCAUGGAUGCACUGGCGCUGCUUGGAGGGCUGGUGAACGUGGCCCGCCUCCCAGAGCGCUGGGGGCCCGGGCGCUUUGACUACUGGGGCAACUCCCACCAGAUCAUGCACCUGCUCAGUGUGGGCUCCAUUCUCCAGCUGCAUGCCGGUGUGGUGCCUGACCUGCUCUGGGCCGCCCGCCAUGCCUGCCCCCCAGACUGAUCUGCCUCCUGUCUGCUGAGCCAGCCUCCCCAAUGGCCCUGGGGCACCUUUCCUCCUUCUGCUGGUCUGCCAGGGGCUUGCUUCAUGGAAGCAUUCAGCAUAUUGAACUUCACAGCUGGGAGCCCUCAUCUGUUUGUUUGUUCCCUGUGGCAUAACCUCUUCUUCCACCCAGGCCUUGGGACUCCAACUACCCCUCCCUGCCGUCUGCCCUCCAAGGUCUGUUUUACUAUGUCAGCUGGAUCUCAGUUUACCCUCUGUGACCUGUGAGGGUUGGGCCAGAGGGUCUCUGGGGUCGUGUCUUGCUUGACAGUUGAGUCAUGCCAACUUAAUCCUGCCUGCCAGCCCAGCCACACCAUCCUGCCCCUCCCACAAAGUACCUCAUGGGUCCCUGGGCCCAUCAUUCCAGCCCCUACCUCGUGAUCUCCAUCUCUGCCUUGCCUGCCAUCCCUCCCAGCAGCCAGAAUCUUACCCUGCCUCCCGUCCAAGAGACUGGAGUAAGGCUGCAGGCAGCAGAACCAGCCCCUUCUCCCAGGACCAAGUGGGUACUAGCCCUUCUUAUACCAGCUAGCUAAGAGGCACAACAGCAGUGGUUGCUUUUCCUAGGCAACGAGCAUAGAUGUGGAAUGGUGGCUCUGGACCCAGGCCCCAGAGGGCUAAGGGCUUGCCUUCCACCUUCAGUGCCAUGGUCUGAAGACUUGACCUGCCCACCAGAGAUGUGCCCGCUCAGGAAAUCUGCUCCACACAGUGUGUGGAUCUAGUCUGCUGGCCUGAGGCCGGUGGCCCUAGACUCUACAACAGGGCUAAGCCUCACAGCUGGAUCAUUCCAGGGGCCCAAGACCCUGAGA